AUGGCAGAUAAUUACGAAUUAAAAUGUGUUGGAGAAAGUGAUGAAAAUGAAAAUCAAUAUCAAAAAAACGAAUACAAUGAUGGAGAUGUAAAAUAUGCUCGUUUUAUGAAAAAAUUGUCUGAAGAGUUUGAAGGUGCAAAAACAAGUGAUUUAGCAGCAUCUAAAAUCGGUGCAAGAGCUCAAAGAAUCGACAAAGAAACUAUUGACCAAGCAACCAAAACAUUUGAAGAAUUCAUUACAUAUACAGCAAAUCAGAUUAGCAAAGAACUUCCACUUUUUUUUGAUUGGUCAACAUCCAAUGUAGUUGGAUAUGAAUUCUUUAUUAUCAAUAUAAUAGUUUCCAACCAUUUUUCCUAG